AAGUCAAUCCUGAACUUCGUGAACCAUUGCAUAGAGGAGGCAGAAAACCACCAGAAGCUGAUCAACAUGCAGAAAAGGCUGGACAAGCGAGCCAUAGAGGCCUCAACUGACCCUAACCUUGCUGAGUUCAAGAAACUUGACCUGACCCGACAUCGUUUGAUAUUCGACGGACCGAUGACCUGGAAGUUGUCGAAGAACAAGCAGGUAGACAUCCAUGCCAUUUUGCUGGAAGACUUCAUGGUCCUUCUGCAGAAGGUUCCAGAUUCAGAGAGACUGGUCCUCAAGGCUCACAAC